UCAUGACCCAAGUCCUCCUCGUCCUCAUCCUCCUCGCUCAGUCUCACCUCUGCAGCCUCCGAAGGAAGUUGUGCUGAUUUACAGUCGUCUUUUUUGAAGAACAAAAAGUCAGAAGAAGUAUGCUGGGCUUCCUUGGAUGCUUUGCGUGUCUUUUGGUGGCUUCUGUUGCCGAUGCAGAUGGUCGAGUGUUUGCGGUGGAGGUCGGCAACUCGUCGUCCAGUUCCGGGUUCCGCGACGCGGAGUGGGCUUGCGCCUCGCGGCGGGCCCGCCUGGCGUCGGCCUCGGAGCUGAGGCACGCCGUCAUGGAGUGCUUCUUCUCCGCGUGCACCCGCGGGUGGCUGCACGGCGGCUCCGUCGGGACCACCGUGUGCAACUACGUGGGCGGCUCGCUGAAAGCCGUGGAAGUGAGGACGGAAAACGCCACGGGCGACGCCGCAAGCGUAAAUGGAUUCUGUAUCAAAGACAAAGGCGUGCCAUGCGGUGACCCCCCGUCCUUCCCCAACGCCCGCCUUCAGGGCCACGGUGGCGUCGAACUGGGCGACGAGCUCCUAUACACGUGCGUGCCAGGCUACGUCAUGCCCAACGGCCACAGCGCCUUCAGCUUGCUGUGCGACAGCUGCGGCGAGUGGUACGGACUGGUUCAGAUUUGCGUCAAAGACUCAACAGAGGCGCACGUGGACUACGAGGACCAGUUCACGUACGGCGAGGCGGACCACCAGAGCGAGGACGACAGGCCUGCGGAGGAUCUCCACGGAACCGAGCCUGACCCGGAGGAACCCAUGGACCGGGCGCUGCAAGAAAUCAGCUUCGAAAGAGAAAAAGAGGAAUCGGAUCCGGACGGUCGGCAGGAGGUGGAAGUGGAUGGCGAGGAGGCUAAAGAAAGGAGAAGUGACGAGAAACGGAGCGCGGAGGACUCUGCCGCCCAUCCGAGUUGGAAACAGGAGGUGACGACGGCGUCCACGGACCCGCCCGUCUCCCUCCUGUCCCAGAAACACCUCUUCUGGUUCCCCUCGGAAGCCUUCCAGCAGCAGCGCCCGGUCUCCGUGGACCCCGUGACCCAGACCACCACUCAGCGGUCCUCCGGCAGCCGGUCCGAGGAGAGCCUCAACGACCACAACCGAGAGAGUCUCGAUCACCGCGAUGACGGUCCAGCGGAACAACAAAUUCCAGUUCGGCACGACGGUCUGGAUGAGCAAGACCGCUACGAAGACCGCCGUGAUGAUCACUACGACAUGGGCGAGCACGAAGAGGUUCGCUACGGCGGUCGCAAUGAUAGCGCCGAGGAACGUGCUGUCCACGAGGACGGCAGCGAUCUUCAGGAGCAUCCGGGUGGUUCCGAGGAGCAUCCGGACCAAAAUGACCACGACGACGACGUUCAUCAGGAACAUAAUGACCGUGAUGAUAAAGACCGCCACGAUGAUCACGACGAACACCGUGACCGUGAUGAUCACGACCGUGGCGAACGUGACCGUGAUGAUCAGUAUGACCUCGUCGACCAAGAUAAUCACGAGGACCACGGCGGCGAAGACCAUAACCACGAAACCGACGACGGGAGGCAAGAUGGCGACAACGGCCACGCCGAACACGAUAGCCACGAAGACGACAAUCAUCAGCGCGUCCUAUUUUCCGAAAAGAGCCAGAAUGCGACCCGGCACGAUGCGGGAGUAGCGACCGCCACAGACGAGACCUGGCUGGACGGACACCCGGUGGCCGCCCACCCCAACGAGGUGGAAGAACCCGUCCCCGACAGCAGCGUCCCAGCAGCGCCUGAAACCGGAGCCCCGGACAACCCCGCGUCCUCCUCAUCCUCGGACGCCGUGGAGUACGACACCCAGCAGGUGGUCCCCACCCACUCGUGGCUCCUGGACCUCACCCGGCACCCUUUCCUGGACCCGGCGCAGGACAGCGACGACCUUGACGGGGUGACGGGGGAGCGCGCCUUGCACAACUUGCCUGGUGAGACUGGCGAGAGGGGCGAGGUGGAGGGAGAGACGGGCGGGGCCGUAUGCGUCGGCGAGAACUGCCCGCCACCCGGCCCCUCGCGCCGGGGUCCCACCGUGGCAGCCAUCAUCGCGGCGGUGUGCGUGGUGGCGGCGGCCGUCACGGCGACGGUGUGGUGCUACCGGCGGCGGCAGCAGAAGAGCUCCGUGUACGACAUAAACGGGAAGGGACAAAGCAACCAGCACAUGGAGAUGCAGCAGAAAGUUUAAAAGGGGGGCUGAGACUUUUUGGGGCCGAAUCCGCUAUAGAAUUUGUAAUCAAUUUGAGGAGACGUGUGGGAGCCCGACAGAAACGCGACACGCACAGUGGACCCUCGGAAGUCAAACAAAUGCCGUUUCCAUUUUGAUGAUUGAAUCGGAUUUUGGGUACAUUUUCAACCCGGCCGCAUCAGCGGCACUUACUUUAUUUGUCAGUGCCUUUCAGACGAAACUCUGUGAAGCAGGGCAGGACACUGCCGUCCUCCGUGCGUUGGGAUAAUGAGAUGCGGGAUGACAUCACUGCGGAGGCGGCAACUGCUUUCAACACAAGUGGGCGUGGCCAGUGAAUUUUGGGUGUUAACUUACACGCUAUGUUCAGAGUCCCGUUCUUCACCGUGGUUACGCUUCUCAUCCGAGCGCGUUCCGGGUCGACUUCGACGCUUCCGUCCUGCAUCGGUACAGAGCGGUGGGAAGGCGUCAAAAACAAAAACAAAAACAAGACCAAAAGAAAAAGCAGUUGCUUGGGUGGGACUAAAAAAAAAGUACCCAAAAUGCAAAAAAAAGAAACUCAAUUCUGCAUUAAUGAAAAAUACAAACUGAUCCUCCAGAUACGGAUUCGCAUCGCUUUUUCCUCCGAAUUUUAGGUUGUCAUCGCCCAACUACAAAACUGUUCGAGUUCUGACGUUCCACUGUACAUUAUAAGGAAUUUCUUUCCUCUUUGUUUCCAAACGACAGCCGUCGAGCUGAACUAUUUUUUCUUCAUUUUUGUUUGGGCUCCAUUAAGAGUGUCACGUUUGUGACGACAAUGGCUGCAAACUAACGAGUUCGUUGUCACGGUUUUGACGAUCAGCCUACAUCAUCGUCAUGAGUGUGACAUACACAAAACGCUGUUUAACCUUGAAAUUAUGGGAUGAAAGUGUUUGACCGUCAGGCUGCGCCGACGCUCCACUGGAUGUCGGAAGGACUCUUUGGGGUCUUUAUUUUGAAAUGUUUGCCGUCCGGCUGGAAUGGCGGUUUGGUUUUUGCCGUCACUUGGCUAACAUAGGAAAACCACAACAGAGGAGGUCCUCAGAGCUAACUAUUUAGUGAAUAACAGGUAAGUACAAAAAGUAGCUAAGCUAGUCGUCCAUCGUAGAACAUGCGUUAGCUAACAAUAAAACGCGUAGCUAACCUCAACAUUACUUUUGACGGUAAGCGGUUUGUCUUUUUUUCCCCUUUGGACUCAUCAAAUACCCUCAAGAAAAGGGUAUAUGUACACAUGAAAACUAAAUUCAUUCAAUAAACUGACACUGGUAAAUCAGCUGGACCGCAUUUUCGACGUUCCACAGUAUGUAUGAAUUCUUUCGUCUUUGUUGUUAGAUGUUAGCUGCUGCGACGAAAUAGUGCUAAAGUGCUGUGUCGGCUUAAUUUUUUGGGGGGCGGGUCACAUUUGUGACAAAGUUAACGAAGGAGAACUCCAACAAACAAUAACACGCAUGGCUAAUUUUAGCUUGGAUGAAUCCGACUUUUGACCUGCCGCCAUUACAGUUUUCCUCAUCGGAUGAAUGAUCACAAAUACCCUUGCGAAAUAAAAAAUAAAACAUGGAAAGAAUACAAACUGUUUAGGAAAUGUGUAUUUCCCUCAAAGUUUUAGGAUGACAUUUUGCGAUCUGGUUUCGACGGGAUGUAUGAAGGAUUUUUUGGGGUCUUUAUUUUUCGACAUUCGCCAUCGUGCUCGAAUGGCUCUGAAUACCGAAAAACCAAAAAACUGGCACACGAGCGAUCGUCUUUUCGUCUGAAUUUCGGGAGCCGACAUCCCAUUUUAUGUACGAAGGAUUCCCCCCCCCCCCGUCUUUAUGUUUAGAUGUCAGCCGUCAAGCGGAAUGACGGUUGGGUGUUGGCGUUUUUUUUGUAGGCAAAAGCACAACAGAGGCGAGUCGCAUAGUAGCAGUAGUCGUCAAACGACAAGUGUACAAUCGCUAACAAUAAAAGACGCAGCUGACAUGACCUCGAACUGCUUUUGACGAUCGUCUCACUGUCGUCGUCAUUACCUACAUACACAAAAUAUCCCCCCCAAAAAAGGCAACUGCAAAAGAUGCAAAAAUACCUUUUAAAAAAAAUCAAUCCAAACGGUUUGUCCAUAUUCUGUUAUCCAACUGCCAGAUUGCAUUUUCAUCUCGAUUUUAGGUUGAAAUGUUUUUAGCCCGGUUCCGACGGUCCACUGCAUGACGAAAGGAAUGUUGUUGUCUCUAUUUUUCGCUGUCAGCUAUCGAUACGGAACCGCGGUUGGCGUUUUGUUGCAACAUGUAGAUUAAAAGCACAACAGAGGAGGCUAUUUUGCUUGAUUUCAUUGUUUUGGUUGAUGUGCGGUUUUCUCCUGCUUUACGACUUGUCGUGCGCGUGUGGUCACCUGAUGCUUUUCAUCGGAGGGUUCUGAAGUGAUAUCAUUAUUGAUUAGGCAUCUAAAAUAACUGACACAUAGUCGAUAAUGAAAUAGCGCCGCGAUGGUGAAUGUAACAGCCGAUGAGAUUUACUCGUGGAUGCGAUUAUUACUCACAGUAGGAUGUAUGCGCGCGUGUUUCUGCGCAUUUCAAGUGUGCCAUUGUGUGUGUAGACGUAACACUGUGUAACUUUAUGGGUCAAGUCGAAAUGUGCACAGCGUGUCGUUCUGGGACUGCCCCGAACGGGGUAGAAAAGGACAUUUUCAUCACAAAUUAGCUCAUUCGUGUGCUUUGUUGUCGUUUUCGAAAUAAAAGUCCUGAACGUG